CCCGGUCAUUGAGCCGCUGCUUUCAGUUGUUCGAGCUCUGCAACGACAACUUUACCAAACAUGUACUCUUGAAAUUAGAAGAGGUGUCGUUUAAUUUACUUCAUAUAUUUGAGGUUUAUUUUCGUUGACGUUUUAAAUGCAGGUUUUUAACCGUACAGCUCGUGCCUGCCUAACGCUUUUCCACCAAUAACGGGCUGUCAGACGAAAUGGAGGUUGGCAGAGCAGUGCAGGAUGAAUUGAAAUUUCGGGGGGCUGAAUUUGCUGUCAAGGUCGAACUGGCUGAGAGGUUACUUAUUGUAGAGAUUUCAGAUGUGGUUACAGCGGACCAAUGGAGAGGAGAGUUUGAUCCUGCUUAUAUUGAAGACUUGACCCGGAAAACUGGGAAUUUUAAACAGUUUCCAGUAUUCUGCAGCAUGUUAGAGUCUGCAGUCAACAAGUCCAGUGAAUCUGUGACCCUUGACCUCUUGACCUACUCAGACCUUGAGCUUCUACGGAACAGAAAGGCGGGUGUCGUUGGCCGACCUCGUCCUCAGCCACAGUCCCCUGCUCUCAGUGCUAAGAGAUACCUCAUCCUCAUCUACACUGUGGAAUUUGACAGGAUACACUAUCCUCUUCCACUUCCAUAUCUUGGAAAACCUGAUCCAGCAGAGCUUCAGAAAGAGAUUCGAGCUCUGAGAGCUGAGCUGAAAGCUCUGGGACUGAGAGGAGACCACAAAGUGUCAGACCAGGAGACACGCAGGCUACGCGCAGAAUUGGCUUUGGUGAGAGAUGAAAAGGAGGCCUUGGCCAAGGCUCUGGAUCGUCUGCAGAUGGGAGGUGCCGGUUCCACACCUGGGGCUCGUGGGCUCAGAGAGGCAGUCCACAGCCUGGAGGAACAGCUGCUGAAGGAAAGGGCAAAAAGCCAACGUUCAGCUAGCAAGAGGGGCCAGGAACAGCGCCUCCUAUUGGAACAGCUGGAGGAGCUCAGGGCUUCAGAGCGAGCUCUUCGGGUACGUGUUAAAAGUUUGACCACUGAGUUGGCCUUGCUACGUCGUGGUCGGACGACUCUGGCCAUGUCUGGCCGAAGUGGACUCCGAGGUGAUGGAGAGGUUCAUCGGUCUUUAUCCAGAGAGCGCAGUUUGACCCGUGUAGGGGUGAGAGCUCGCUCGGGCUCAAGGGAGAGGAUGGAGGAUAGGAGCAGGAGAUCAGAGGAGAGAGUGAGGAGGGCAGAUUCUUCAGGGUCUCGGAACUACAUCUCAAGACCCUCACCGUCUCCAACAGGGUCACGGGUGCCUCGGUUUGAUCCUACGGCUUACAUACAGGACAGACAACGGCGCCAAAAAGACGCAGAGCUGAAAAAUCAGAGGAAGAUUAGAAGGGACAUGUUGGCCUCACCAUCUCUGAUGGAAAGAGGGCGUUCACGGUCCAGAGAGCUUGUUCCUCAGCUGAUGAGAGGAGGAAGUGCUGGCAGGGGGAGGAGUGUGUCUGUGGAAAGCAGGAGUCGAUGCUCUUCCGAAGGAUCUGUAGCCGAGUUUGAAGAGCUUGCUAAGCCUUUAAAUAGCAGGGGAAGGAAACUGGUGAAUAAUUGUCCUGCUGGGACCAGAGGAAGACACUUAAACAAAAAACCAAUGUGCAGCACUCCAGCACAAAGGAUGAGAGCUGCAGACACAUCUAUUGACACAGGUGCUGACCUGUCAGAGAUUGACGCUCGACUCCAGGCCCUUCAGGACUACAUGCGGGACCUUGACACUGGGCACUGACUCUUCUGAGUGGAUUCAGAUGUCGAUUUAGGCAUAUUGCACAAGUUAAUAUUGCGACUGAAUAACAUGGACAGUCAUUACUUGUACAACAUAAUUCAAACUCUGUGUACAGAUGUACAGUAUCUGUAACAUGUAGCCAUUUUUACUAAUGAAAACAGACCAACACUCUCAUGCCAUUUUUUUUUUUUUUUAUCCCUAAUGUACAGUAACUUAGGCUAGACUUAUGAAAUGCAAUUAUGUUGGUUUUGGGGAGGGGGCUCUUUAGACUGUUGCCAUAUCAGACUUGAAGUAAACCAGAAGUGUCCAAAAGUAUGACCUCAGGAUUUAUUUAUUUUUUAAUCUAUAUUCCUGUGUAUUUUAUGAAAUAGUGUUUGUUCACCAUUUUUUUUUAUUAUUAUUUUUUUUAUAUAUAUAUAUAUAUAUAU